AAAAGCGACAGACCAAAAAAAGGAAAGAGAGUGAAGUGUGAGCAGUGAGAGAACCCAACCAAACUCUUCUGUCUUCAAUACAAUAAUAAAAAAACCUCAAAGUUGGAACCUUUCUUUCUUCAGAGUCUUUCUUCUUCUUCUCUGCUCCGUGACAAACGAUGCUCUGUAUCAAAGCCGAAGCUCUUCAUGAAGAUCAAAACCUUGCUUCCUCUUCUUCUUCUCCUAGCACCGAUCGCACCUUCGGAAAUGCCACUUUUCGUCUUCCCAUCAAUUGGGGAAGCUCGAUCCGGAGAUAUCUGAAGAAGACUGGUACAUUCUCGAGAAGAUCUUACUCUUCUGGUGAUGGCUCUUUGUUUUUUCCUGAUCUCGAUGUAAUGUACCUCUUUCUCUCUCUCAUAUAUCUCUGCCUUUUAUUCUUAUCUGAUUUCUUGGAAUGUAUUUAGUAAAUCUAGGGUUUUGAGGGGGUUAUGGUCACGCCAAAGGUUUUGAAAUUGCAUUUUUGUUUUUUUUUUGGAAGCAGGAAAGCAAGAUGAUUGAUCAAACUAGUGGUAGAUUUGAUGGAAAGACCAAACUAUGGUACAAAUGUGAGCUUGAACAAGAUAUUAAGAGAUUGCAGCAGCAGUUACAAGAGGAGAUUAACUUACGGUUAGCUCUAACUAGCGCAGUUGAGCAUUCUAGUUCACCGUUUAUGGAUUCGCCUUGUGAACUUCCUGAUAAGGCACAGGAGCUUUUGGAUAGCUUAGCAAUAUUGGAAAUCACGGUGUCAAAGCUUGAGCAAGAAUCAGUUUCCUUGAGAUAUCUACUUAGGCAAGAGAAAAACGAGCGGCGUCUCUCUGAGAUUCUACAAAAGAAGUCUCAUUAUUCUGCUCCUUCAAAGUUCACUAAUGCUCAAAAUUUCCCUAACAAGUCGGUGACGAGGAAAAGAGAGAGUAAACAAGUGGAUUCUUUGGAUAGUGAAGCUUUGCAAGUAGAAUGAAGAAGCAAAGAGUUAUUAUGUGAUCUUAGGGAUAGCCAUAUUGGCUGGAGAGAUCAACCCAUGGGCAAACUCUUUCUCCUCUAAUUUUAGAAUCACCUUUCAGACUCACCGAGCUGGUCCCUGAGCAUCUAUUCAAUAAGAACUCUGAGAUCUUAGAAAGAUACACUAAGGGGUAAGGUUGAUAGGACGGGUUAUGCCCUGCAGGAGGAGCUGCAGUGAGGAGCUUAAUUGUAUUCUGCAUCUAAGCAUAGAAUCCAUUGUGGUAGGCUUAUAAUCACUAAGGGGAUUAUUGGUUGUAUAAGUUAAAGUCAUCUCCCUUGGAUUUAAAGUAAAUUACGUAAGAUUUUUAAUUUUUUGGUUCCUCUAUUAGUUUAUCAUAACCUUAUUAAAAUUUGUAACAACCAUACAAUUGUUGCAUUGAAAAUAUUAACAAAGAAACUGUUGAUAA